ACUGGUCUCCCUGGCAACGCGAGACGCUGAGCCAAAGGCCACAACGCGUGGGGCAAACCGAGAUCCCAGGUCCCAUGGCUCAGAAACCCAUCAGCACCGCGGCGGCCGAGCGCAUGAACUUCGUAAUUCAGGAUGAGAUCUGGAGACGCCGCCUAAAGGCUGAAACUAAAGCAUGGCAAAACUGGGCCCAGAACUGGGGAUUUUUAACCACCCCCUUGGAGGAGCUGAUCCAGUGUGAAGGAGAACCUCCCACCCCGAAGCCCAAAGUCGAGCUUCCCCAGUGGUUCCACAUCCGGCCAGGAACCCCAGUGGAGAAAAACAUCAAGGUCUUUCCAUCACCCCCGGUCCCGAAGACCACCCAGGGCUUCAUCGGCUGGAGAUCCGCAGUGCCCGGCCUGAACACGUGCCUGGAGCAUGGUUAUGAGAUCAGGAGCUGCAAAGGGGCAUAUGCCAAAGAGCUCAACUGGCCGAAACAAGGCAUAUACUGAGUCCAGACAGGGGCUCUGGCCCCAGGGGUGGUGAUGGGUGGGCCAGGCACCUGGCACCCAUGCCCAGGACAGGAAGAGCUCCCCAGCGUCCCUCUGAGGACAUAGUGCCCCUCCUCAUUUGUUCAUGGGAUAGUGCCAAUAACACAGAACAGCCCUUUGACAUUUCCAAUCCAUCAAUACCUCCCUUCUGGAACAUUCUUGUAACAUACUCAUUCUUGGCUAAUGUAAUAAAUAAGCAAAGUUGA